AUGCUUUGGCCCAUAAGACAAGCCCUGCAAUCCCUAUAUCGUCGACCGAUAUGUCUUCGAUGCUUAACUACAUCUACAAAUAAGCAAAAACCAGAUCGAAAAAAUACAACAACAGUGCCACCGCUGUCAUCGUCGUCGUCGUCAUCGCCAAAGGCAACACCUUCUUCUUCUGCAUCAUCGCAAUCACAAACAUCAAAAUCGCAUUCUACCACCGGUGAUAAUCACAUUCUACUAAACAAACUCAAGCCAAUCCAGCCAAACGAUUUAUAUGUCUCUUGUACAAUAUUUAACUCCAAGGGUGAUAUCACCGCUGUAUCUAAGAAGUAUCCCAAGAUGCAAUUCCUCAAAGAAAAUCACUUGUACCCUCGAGAUUUGCGCAAGAUCGACACUUCGUCGAUUGAUGUGAUUCCAAUGAUUAUGAUACGUCCCUCACAUGCGAUAUUGGUGAAUUUGUUAUACAUAAAGGCAAUUAUUCAACAAGACUCUGUCAUGGUGUUUGACACAUCGAAUCCCGAGGUUGCUUCGAAAUUGGGCAUGUUUAUGUACGAUUUAGAGCAGAAACUAAAAAGCAACUCAACGCAUGCCACAAGUAUGCCAUACGAGUUUCGGGCGUUGGAGAGUAUAUUAGUGAGUGUCAUGAGUUUUUUGGAGGCAGAAAUCAGGCUAUAUAUCAAGCAGUGUGGAAUAGUUUUGAGUGAAUUAGAAGAUCAAGUGGAUAGAAAGAAAUUACAAGAAUUGUUAAUUCGACUGAAACAGUUGCUGAGUUUCCACCAAAAAGCCGUAUUGAUUAGGGAUGUCUUGGAAGAUUUGCUUGAAAAUGACGAAGACCUCGCAGGUAUGUACUUGAGCCAGCCAAAGCAAAAACCACAACAGCACACUCAAUGGAACAAGGAGAUUUUGGACUCAAAAGUUGAUGAGGAUUUGGAAAACUAUGAAGAUUUAGAAAUGAUCCUUGAGAGUUAUUACCGUCAGUGCGAUGAAUUUGUACAACAAGCAGGAAGUUUACUCAACGAUAUCAAGGCCACAGAGGAUAUCGUAAAUAUUAUUUUGGACGCGAAUCGUAAUUCUUUGAUGUUGUUUGAGUUGAAAGUCACUGUUUACACAUUGGGUAUUACUGUUGCAACUUUAGUGCCUGCAUUUUACGGAAUGAAUUUGAAAAACUAUAUCGAGGAGUCCAAUUUAGGGUUUGGCGCAGUCGUGGUCUUUUCCAUCAUACAGGGAGCAUUGUUUACUUGGUACAAUUUUAAGAAAUUGCACAAGGUUCAGAAAUUGACCAUCAUGGGCACAAAUGACAACCCUACAAGAAGUGUCACCCCAUACAAACACGUUAUCAAGAGAGACCGCUCGUUCUUGCACAAGCUAAUCUUUGGAUCAGGUACGCAUAGAAAGAAAUACCAUUGGCCAACUAAAAGGGAGAAAGACGUGCUCUGGAGGAUGAUCAACGACGAAAAAUCUAGACAUUAG